AUGACGGUGUUCUUCUUCCACGAGGGGUUUCGUCACAGCAUUUACGGUCAUGCUGAGCAUCUGAUUGUCUUCACCGACACAAAGAUACCAGUGCUGAGCUGUUUCCAGUGGCCGUUUAUCUGUUUAUCUCUCUCUAAGAUGAGUCUCUCAGAGAAACAGAGUGUAAGAUCAGGCUCACAUGUGUCCAGCUCUGUGUCUGUGACGAGUGACUGCUCAAAAGAUGAAGAACCAAACUUCAGUGAGAGAAAACCAUCAACUAACAAAAGGCUUCAGUGUGAGACAUUAGACUCAGACGGUCAGACUCACAGGAACAACAAUAAUUUCAAUGACAAUCUCCUAGGCAUCUUCCAGGAUAUUGAGAGCAAAAUAAUCAUAUUUCUGAAGAAUGAACUUGAAAUGUUUAAGAAAAUAUUACAAAAUGGGAACACACAACCCAUUGUGAAGGCCUUUAAUGAGAAUAGAUGCAGUAUCAAAUCAGCAGCUCUUGAUCUCACACUACAUUACCUGAGAGAGAUGGAGCAAGAUGAAGCUGCUGAUGCUCUAGAAGAUAAGCUGCUCUUCAUUCAUCAGCUAAAAUGUAGCCUAAAGAAGAAGUAUCAAUGUGUGUUUGAAGGAAUUGCAAAGCAAGGUGACUCCACACUUCUGAAUAACAUCUACACAGAUCUCUAUAUCACUCAGGGUGGUAGUGAACAGAUCAAUACUGAACAUGAGGUGAGACAGAUUGAAGUUGCUUCCAGGCAAGAGAUACAGGUUGAAUGCACACAUUUAUUUGAAGCACCUGAACAAGAUGAGGAGAUCCGAACUGUACUGACAAAAGGAGUCGCUGGCAUUGGAAAAUCAGUCUCCGUACAAAAGUUCAUUCUGGACUGGGCUGAAGGAAAAGAAAAUCAAGAUAUCAGCUUCAUAUUUCCUCUUCAAUUCAGAGAGAUGAACUUAAAGGAGAAAGUUAAAUUAAGGCUAAAUUUUUGUGGCUUAACAGACAAAAGCUGUUCAGUUCUGGCUACAAUUCUUGGAUCAGAUACCAAUCUGAAAGAGCUGAACAUGAACAAUAAUAAUCUGCAGGAUUCAGGAGUGAAGCUGCUCUGCACUGGACUGAAGAAUAUAAAGUGUAAAUUGGAGAUACUGAGGUUAAGCUGGUGUUGUAUGACAGAUGAAGGUUGUUCUGCUCUGACUUCAGCUCUGAAAUCAAACCCAUCACACCUGAGAGAGCUGGACCUGAGCUGGAAUAAACUAGGAGACUCUGGAGUGAAAAACCUCAGUGAUCUACUGAUGAACCCACAAUUCAAGCUGGAGAAACUACAUCUGUAUAGAUGCAGUAUUACAGAGAAACAGAGUCUCAUCCUGACUUCAGCUCUGAAAUCAAACCCAUCACACCUGAGAGAGCUGAACCUGAGCGGGAAUAAUCUAGGAGACUCUGGAGUGAAAAACCUCAGUGAUCUACUGAUGAACCCACAAUUCAAGCUGGAGAAACUACAUCUGUAUAGAUGCAGUAUUACAGAGAAACAGUGUCUCAUUCUGACUUCAGCUCUGAAAUCAAACCCAUCACACCUGAGAGAGCUGAACCUGAGUGAGAAUAAACUAGAAGACUCAGGAGUGAAGCACUUAUGUGAUGUACUGAAGGAUCCACCCUGUAAACUGGAGAGAUUGAGAUUAAGCUGCUGUUGUAUGACAGAUGAAGGUUGUUCUGCUCUGACUUCAGCUCUGAAAUCAAACCCAUCACACCUGAGAGAGCUGAACCUGAGCGUGAAUAAACUAGGAGACUCUGGAGUGAAAAACGUCAGUGAUCUACUGAUGAACCCACAAUUCAAGCUGGAGAAACUACAUCUGUAUAGAUGCAGUAUUACAGAGAAACAGUGUCUCAUCCUGACUUCAGCUCUGAAAUCAAACCCAUCACACCUGAGAGUGCUGAACCUGAGCUGGAAUAAACUAGGAGACUCAGGAGUGAAGCACUUAUGUGACGUACUGAAGGAUUCACACUGUAAACUGGAGAGAUUGAGGUUAAGCUGCUGUUGUAUGACAGAUGAAGGUUGUUCUGCUCUGACUUCAGCUCUGAAAUCAAACCCAUCACACCUGAGAGAGCUGGAGCUGAGCGUGAAUAAUCUAGGAGACUCUGGAGUGAAAAACCUCAGUGAUCUACUGAUGAACCCACAAUUCAAGCUGGAGAAACUACAUCUGAGUGGAUGCAGUAUUACAGAGAAACAGAGUCUCAUCCUGACUUCAGCUCUGAAAUCAAACCCAUCACACCUGAGAGAGCUGGACCUGAGCUGGAAUAAUCUAGGAGACUCUGGAGUGAAAAACCUCAGUGAUCUACUGAUGAACCCACAAUUCAAGCUGGAGAAACUACAUCUGAGUGGAUGCAGUAUUACAGAGAAACAGAGUCUCAUCCUGACUUCAGCUCUGAAAUCAAACCCAUCACACCUGAGAGAGCUGAACCUGAGCGUGAAUAAUCUAGGAGACUCUGGAGUGAAAAACCUCAGUGAUCUACUGAUGAACCCACAAUUCAAGCUGGAGAAACUACAUCUGAGUGGAUGCAGUAUUACAGAGAAACAGAGUCUCAUCCUGACUUCAGCUCUGAAAUCAAACCCAUCACACCUGAGAGAGCUGAACCUGAGCGUGAAUAAUCUAGGAGACUCUGCAGUGAAAAACCUCAGUGAUCUACUGAUGAACCCACAAUUCAAGCUGGAGAAACUACAUCUGAGUGGAUGCAGUAUUACAGAGAAACAGAGUCUCAUCCUGACUUCAGCUCUGAAAUCAAACCCAUCACACCUGAGAGAGCUGGAGCUGAGCGUGAAUAAUCUAGGAGACUCUGGAGUGAAAAACCUCAGUGAUCUACUGAUGAACCCACAAUUCAAGCUGGAGAAACUACAUCUGUAUAGAUGCAGUAUUACAGAGAAACAGAGUCUCAUCCUGACUUCAGCUCUGAAAUCAAACCCAUCACACCUGAGAGAGCUGGACCUUAGCGGGAAUAAACUAGGAGACUCUGGAGUGAAAAACCUCAGUGAUCUACUGAUGAACCCACAAUUCAAGCUGGAGAAACUACAUCUACAGGACUGUGGCAUUACAGAUGUUUCUUCUUUAACUCAGUCUUUGACUAACUCAAAAGCACUGAAGUUCUUAAAAGAGCUUGAUCUGAGAUACAAUAAUAUAGGAGACUCAAAGCAGCGGCUCAGAGACGAGCUACGAGACUCAAACUGUGUCCUGAGAGUAGAUGAAGAUCGAUCACCAAACGUCCCUAAUAAACCGCUUACACCAGUUUAAAUCUGUGAAACGGAGAUGAGAGGAUCAGUAACCAUCAGGAGAUCCACAGAAGAGCCUCAUUACUGUCUAUGAGGAGAAAUAAAUGUGUGAUUAAUGUGUAAAUGUGUUUCAUACAGGUGGAAGAGACUCAAUUAAAUAAUGCAGCAUAUGUGUUAGCAUGUGUAUUAGAAACAUGUGAUAUUGAAUGAUUAAUGUUGGUUUAGUAUUCAGCCAAAUGAUGGUUUAGUUUUAUUUAAAGGAGGAACAGAGGAAGCAGAUCAGAUGAGUC